GGCAGGGGACCUAUUAUUUUUGUUAUUGUUUUAAUUCUUCUUUUAGAAGAAGAGGUUGGGGAAUUUGCUGCUAUUUUCCCAGUGCCUUUUCUAAAAGAUGGUUCAACAGGGUGUUUGGGGGAAAUGUGACAUUAUUUGGUUUUGGCAUUCCAGCAGAGCUUAAAAUGAAUCCCGAAUACCAUCUUACACAUUUCCUCCUGCACUGAAUGUCAGGAGCAAUUCAUGUUGCUGACAGCUAUGUCAACAUGUGAAACUGAAUGAAGGACAGGAACUAAACAAAAAGCUAAUAAUAGAGGAGGCAAGAAAGUGAGAAGUGAACACUUCAUUAGGAAACUUUCUCGCUGUCAUGAGUAAGAGGAUGGCAUAGUGCAGCCUGCCUUAUCUGUUACUGCAUGCGCCGUGUUGACAGCGUUCAAACGGCGAGAGCGGUUUGUACGUGCGUUUUGUGAGUAUGGGAAACAAGCAAGUUACCCAAGAAAUAUGCACAGUGGACUUAUAUUGAGGCAUACAAAUGCCACUUUGAUUCCUCUCCAUCUUGCUUAUUUAUUUACCAUAGUUUAAACUUGUGCUUUCAAAAGAUCUGCAAGGUACGGCCCGAUGUGUACCCAUUUUGAAUGGUAAAUAAGGUGGUUUGUCUCCCAGGCAAGGAGAGGCAUCGUGUUAAUUGUUGUUUGGUGCAUCUUCUGCUAUUAGAGAGUCAUUGCUGAUGGCUCAGUGGUUACCACAGGAUACGCGCUGUGGUAUGUAAGUGUAUGCUGGUUAGUGUAAACUAACCGGCAGCUCCAGUAAGGGCUGUUGGAGACGUGUUUAUUCUAUUCUGAGAUAUGCUUCGUCAUCCCUGUUCUGGCCUGUAACAGGUUACAGGCGCUGCUCUCUGUUUUUCCUAGUAGAGCUGGCAAACAAGCUAUUCAGGAGGCCAGCAGAGAAACAGUCGGCGUACUGGAGGGGAUGAUUCUGGAGCGCUGUGUUACUGCCCGGGUGCGUUGUGUACCGCCAGCAGAAAUCAGAGAACGCGGUCCCGGUUCUGCUGUGUGUGGGUAAAUCUGACUGUUUGCAUCACGCAGAAUUAAAAUGCUUUCUAUGGGGACUUCUGCUUCUGAUGCCAGGACUCUUCUGAAGACUUACUUUGUUGUGUGGCUUAAAGGAAGAUGAUACUGUUAAUGAAUUGUGAGCAUCCUUCAGGAGGCUGGUGACCCUUCAAUCAUUGGUUAAUGCUGUCAUGGACAACUUCAAAGGCAGUUUUGCAAAACACCACAAGCAGUUAAUGCACCUUAUAAAGGACUCCUGACCUUUUGCAGCUUCGUAAGUCGUAUCUAGAUGUCACCAGUGUUUCCCAUGUUAACAGUCCUGAGCAUGUUUUACUAUAUGUGCCUUCGGCGCCGAGCUAGGACAGCUACGAGAGGAGAGAUGAACAGCCGGAGGGCUAUUGAAUCGAACACCCGGGCCUUACCUAUCAAUGUUGAAAUAGUUCAGUAUGCCAAAGAAGUAUUGGAUUUCAGCUCCCAUUAUGGUAGUGAAAACAGCAUGUCAUAUACCAUGUGGAAUUUAGCAGGUAUACCAAACGUGUACCCUAGCUCCGGUGACUUUACUCAGACGGCCGUAUUUCGAACUUACGGGACCUGGUGGGAUCACUGUCCUAGUGCUCGACUGCCCUUCAAGAGGACGCCCACCUCCUUCUGCAGCCAGGACUAUGUGGAACUCGCUUUUGAGGAGCAAGUUUAUCCCACCGCAGUGCACAUUCUGGAAACAUACCAUCCUGGAGCUGUAGUUCGGAUAUUGGCUUGCUCUGCAAAUCCUUACUCACAAAACCCCCCAGCUGAAGUAAGAUGGGAAAUCCUUUGGUCCGAGGCACCUACAAAAGUGAGUGGUCCCCAGGCUCGGCAAUUCACACCUUGUAUCAAACAAAUAAACUUCCCCACAAACUUAAUUCGAGUGGAAGUGAACAGUUCUCUUCUGGACUAUUACACUGAAUUAGAUGCAGUAGUACUACACGGCGUGAAAGAGAAACCUGUGCUUUCACUGAAGACUUCAAUGAUUGAUAUGAAUGAUAUUGAUGAAGAUGAGGAUGAAGAGAAGUAUGGCUGUGGAAUGGACACUCUUAACAAACAGUUCAGCAUUGUUACCCUCAGGGAAUGGCCGACUAAUGGGUAUUUUGACAAGCUGCCUUAUGAGCUCAUCCAGUUGAUUUUGAGUCACCUUACAGUACCAGACCUGUGUAGACUAGCACAAACUUGUAAGCUACUGUAUCAACAUUGCUGUGAUCCUCUGCAGUACAUUCAUCUCAGUUUACAACCUUACUGGGCGAGGAUUAAUGACACCUCUCUGGAAUACCUACAGUCUCGCUGCACUCUCAUCCAGUGGCUGAAUUUAUCUUGGACUGGAAACAGGGGAGCCAUUUCUGUUUCUGGAUUUAGCAGGUUCUUAAAAGUCUGUGGCUCUGAACUCGUUCGUCUUGAGUUGUCUUGUGGCCAUUUCCUGAAUGAAACAUGUUUGGAGGUCAUUACUGAAAUGUGUCCAAAUCUUCAGGAAUUAAAUCUCUCAUCAUGUGAUAAAAUACCACCUCAGGCUUUCAACCACAUAGCCAAAGUGGGCAGCCUAAAGCGUCUCAUUCUUUACCGAACAAAAGUGGAGCAAACAGCCCUGCUCAGUAUCCUGAACUUCUGCUCAGAGCUUCAGCACCUCAGUCUGGGCAGUUGCGUCAUGAUUGAAGACUAUGAUCUUAUAGCAAGCAUGAUGGGAGCAAAAUGUAAAAAGCUUCGCAGUCUGGAUCUGUGGAGAUGUAAAAACAUAACUGAAAGUGGAAUAGCAGAACUGGCUUCAGGCUGCCAGCUUUUGGAAGAACUUGAUCUUGGCUGGUGCCCUACAUUACAGAGCAGUACAGGCUGUUUCGCAAACCUUGCACGUAAACUCCCGAACUUACAAAAGCUCUUUCUUACGGCCAACAGGUCCGUGUGUGACACGGACAUUGAAGAGCUUGCAGCUAACUGUACUCAUUUACGGCAGCUAGAUAUAUUGGGGACAAGGAUGGUAAGCCCUGCAUCUUUAAGAAAAUUGCUGGAGUCUUGUAAAGAUCUUUCUUUACUCGAUGUGUCCUUCUGUUCACAGAUUGAUAAUAGAGUUGUCCUAGAACUGAAUGCCAACUUUCCUAACGUGUUCAUAAAAAAGAGUUUCACCCAGUGACUCACUACAUAUGCUGCUAUGGAAUUCGUUUGACAGUUAUUUCCUGUGAAUUUGUGCUGACUUUUUUAAGAAGAGUAUAAAUUCCCUAUGAAAUAGUGGAGAGUAUUAAUUAUCUGCACAAAUGGGUAAAAUACAUUUAAGUAUAUUAUGCAUUUCUUAGAGUUGAUAUUGUACCUAAUAAUUGUUUAUUCUGUUAACUUGUGGCACUGCAUGUGUUUAAAUACUUGCCAUAUAUGUGGUUUUAAUGACAAGAAAAUGAAAAACAUCUUAAAUAUCCCUUUAUAGGGCGUUAUAGACAGUAGACUAUGUUAAUAUCUAGACAAAAGAAAAUGUUGAAUAUUUAGCAGUAAGAAAAAGAUGGGUGCUUCCUUUUAUGUAUAUGUGUGUGUGUAUGUAUAUAUAAAUGUUUACAGAUAUACAUACACACAUACUGUAGCGUUUUAGUUUGUUCUGCAGUGUAAGAUCUUAUGAUCAGGCCUAGAAUUUUUUUAUUUGAAAAACUGCGUAAGCUUCUGUAAGAAUGGAUUGAAGAGACACUUUGUCUUCUUCCUUUUUUUUGGCAAUGAACUGUAUCUGAUACAUUUUUCUCCCUUCCUCCAUCUGAAAUAGAUGUAGUGAUGUUUUACAGUCCAGCCUAAGCGACACAACAGAUAAAAGCAAGAACCUUCCACCUGAACUUAUAGCAGAAACGAGAGAGAAAAUUGCCAGCUGCUUCUUGGUAUUGGAUAUAAAGUUUGAGCCAGGUACUUAGUGUCAUAACUGAUGGUGUGUAGAAAACUCCACAGCAAUUUUCUUUUCAAAUUUCUGUCAUGGUGAAGACUGUUGGUUUGUGAUACAUCUGUUUAUCAUGUCAAGUACCA